GCCAAGAUUAUUCAGCAGUCCCAAAAUGAUAAAAACCCGAAGGUUGACGUUUCAUUGUUCGAUGGACGCCUCGGGAUGGGCAGAAAAGUUCGAGCAAUUGGGAAGUUGCUGCGAAUGGUCGAAUGAAAAGAUGCUGCAAAUGGUGAAGAGAUACUGCAAGAUCCAGUACAAGGAAGAGGUGGAGGAGUUGGUACAAGAUUCAAUGGACUGGUCUGAAUUUAAAAGGAAGCUGCUAGACAAGUACCAGUUGAGCGAUCAACUGUUGGACUUGACAGAUUUGAGAAGGGUUAGUCGAAAAAGCUUUGGCACAAUAAAGCAGUUCCUUACUGAAUUCGAGCAGGUGGCAAGGUUAGUUUUUGACCUUCCAGACAAAGAUCGUUGCCUCAUCUUCCUGGACAAUUUCACGGAAGUGGAGCAACUAAAAUUGGUAAAAGGAAUGAAAAAUCGAUAUGAUUGGCCAAAAAUUAGAGAGAAUUUAUUGGCCCGGAACUUUGAUCUGAUCCUCUACCGAUUGUUGAAACAGCAGAAGGAGAAUCGAGAGAGGACACAGUUGGGAACAGAUAAGGACAGGAAAGUCUAUAAAACCUUAUCUGACAUGAAGGAAAUGAUGACCAGCAUGAAAAAAGAGCGGUUGAAGCUUCAAGUGAUGAUGGCUAAGGCGAAAACUUGGAAGAGAAAAGCGAAGGAGCCUGUCACUGAAGAAAGUAGCAGUGAGAGUGAAAGCGAGGAGGAAAGGGAACCUCCUCGUAAAUUGACCAAGGGUGAGCGGAAAGCCUUGAACCAGAUACGAGGAGGGCAAGACACUUCUCGUAAACAAGGAGAAAACAGCAGGAAUGGAGGAAAUGGAAGCGGGGAGCGACAGGCUGAUCAAGGACAACAAAAUCAAGGUCAACAGAUUCAACCACAGGGUGGUCGAGGCCGUGGUAGGAGCCGCGGAAACGGAAGCGGACGUGGGAACUCGCAGGAAUACGUCUGCAAAUAUUGUGAUAUGAAGGGACAUGUUAUUCGUUUCUGCCAGAUUCUCGCCAAGGACGAGAAGGACCAUGUCGUCUUCACAACGAUUCGAGGAGAAGUCUUUGACUACGAGGGAAACCUUAUCUAUCACGAUAUUGAAGGAGGAAUGAGAAAGAAGGUUUUUCGACGGAUGGACCGUCCUCUUCCGGUCACGUUCCGCUUAGCUUCUCCUGAAGAAGCAAACAUUUUUGAAUUAGAAGAAACAAUGGCUUCUCUGGAGCUUGGUGGGUGUGACGAAAAAGAGUUGGAGGAAAGGAAAGAUGACAUUGCUCAUCGGGCGCGAAAAGUAACCAGGAAACUGGGCAAAUGUCGAGAUUUCAUUGUUCAAUUAUGUGUGGACAUGGAUAAAAUUUGGUCGAACCUUCCGAAUGUGUUCCUCUUUGGUGGAUGGGGAAACGAGGGACAGGAUGGGUGAGCACCUGCGGCCGCUUCGGCGCAGGAAGCAACGCCAAUGACACGACCAAUGAUGAUGUCUGGACCUGUUCUCAAGCGAGGGAUGCCAACCGUCAUGGUGAAGACGAGGAAAGGAAGGAAGACCUCACAAUCGCAGCCUGCGCCUGGAGAGAGUUCAAAGGGACCUCAGGAAAAGGAGCCUAUUCAGAUAGAGGAAGGGGAUGAUGAGGAGGAGGAUGAAAGAUUGCGAGCAGAGGAUGAACUGCUAGCCAAACAAAGGGCCAAGGAAAAG